AUGCGGCGAUUAUCUUUAACCAACGUCUGCUUCAUCCUCCUCAUCGUCGCCGCCUCCACUCUCGGAAGCCCCGUCGGAGGGGGCACAGGCGGAGGAGCAGCAGGCUCCCCAGGCAAUGGCCCUCUCGGCAGCCCUCCCGGCGGACCACAAGGACCCGUUCCUGUUGGCUCCGGGGGAGAUUCCAACGACGGAAAGCAAAAGCCAGCCAACCCUCACCAGAACACAUAUCGGGCCGUGAAUACCUCCUUGGCCAUCCUGAGUGCGAUCCUGAUGACGAUGACAUAUGCGGUGCUGAUUGGGCCGGGGACGAGGCUGUCGAGUACCAGCAAGAUCCCGCUGGGAGCGGUGAGGGCGAAUAUCAGCCAUCUGCUCUCGAGGGCGUGGCCGGGUGCAAGCACGACGUCCGAGACGGGCGGCGCGAAGCCGGAGGCGUCGGUGGAUGAGGAUUCGAUUCGGUUAUUCUACGUGGGCAAGCUGGAUGGAGAUGGUGGGGAGGGACGGACGGCGAGGGGCGUGGAAGACUGCGAGGCGCUGCCCAGGACGAGGGUUGCUCCGCCGCCGAUGUGGUUAACGGCAGGCUCGUCGCUGACGAAAAGCAUCGUCCAAGUAGCGAUAUGGGAAUGGGUGUGCUUGUGGAUGGUGCUGGCCAUGGUGGUGUCUACGCUGAUGUACAACGGGUUCCUGACGAAGCAAAAAGUGCCUGAUGCGUAUCCCCGUCUGGUGGUUGCGCUGAUCUAUGUCACGGCGUUUUGCAUCCACGCUUGGUACGUGUGGAAGACGUGCCGGAGUUUCUUCACGCUCUUGGGCGCGGGUGCUACUUGGAGCUUGCUGAACAAGGCGUCUUUUGCGUCCGUGGACCUGAGCCAACUCAAGGCGGGCCUUUUGGGAAACGCAUCGCCGGUGUUUAGAAAGAUCGGGAAGCCAGACACGAGCCCUACAUUUCCUCCCUAUGAGAAUUGCCGUCUGAAAGGAAGCGAAGCCGUGGAAAAGGCUGACUCUACGGACGAUGGCUCAACGCUGGCAAACGAAGAUGAAGGCGCUGUUAACACUGUGACACGCUGGCAGAAGCAAGAAAUCUCAUCUACUGUGCAGGCAGCCAGCGUGGCGCUAGAGCGAGUGAUCACAAACGUUGUAUCAAUUGUCGGCAUUACCAUCACGACGGGCUUUGCGACAUGGACCUCGAUCUCCAACUCCGGAGACAGCACCAGCCAGCUCGGCUCUCUGGCUCUGCUUGCUUCUCUUACAAUUGGCUCCGGAGCCAUGUUUAGCAGCGCAAUUGAGCUCAGCGUGAUGGACACCUCGUUUCGAAAUGUCCUGUUCUACAAAGAGGUCCUUAUCAACAGACAGGCUACGGCACAUGUGCAAAAACGGGCUAAAAAGAAGAACGUUGUUGGAUUCACACAUAACACGGUGGAGAUGAAGACGGUUGGGAUUAGGGAAUUGGCUAGUUUCACGAAGCUCUGGGCCUUGAUAGUUUUUGGCCCUGCGUAUGCGCUGUUGCCCAGCGAAAAGGACCAUUUCAGACAGUCCACUGGCGCGGAUUUCGAGAUCCGCACCAGCGUGAGGGAGCACCCAAUCCUCCUGACGACAGCGGCUACAACGGAGCGUCAGGCACACUCUGAUGACGGUAAUUUCGAAAAUAUCAAUGUGUGCUUCCUUGCCAAUGGGGAACGAUUGUCUCCAACGAGUUCGAUCUCGUGCGAAAGCAAGCAACCCCAUGUCGAUGAGAAGACGGCGUAG